CCCACCUACUUCUCUGCAUCUCAAUAUCUCCAUCCGUCAAUCGAUCCUUUCAUUGCCUUUUCUUCCCCAGUUGAGAAACUGCCAUGUCUUCUCCCACUCUCCUUACACCAACCACCAAACCCAAGCCACCACCACUUGCUCUCCUCCGAUCCAAAUCCACCACUACAUCCGCAUGCCCUUCCAAUGGCCGCACAACAACGAUCCCCCAAUUGGGUCGCCGAGAAUUUGUUGCAUUCACCGCCGGAGUUCUGUCCCCAGCACUGCUUUCUCCGGUAUCUUCAGCAGCAGCCGCUUCAGAUGAAGAAUAUAUAAAGGAAACUGAGGAAGUGAUCAACAAGAUCAGAACAACCAUCAGCUUGAACAAAACGGAUCCUAAUGUAGCUGCAGCCGUGGCUGACCUCAGAGAUUCCUCAAAUUCAUGGGUGGCCAAGUAUAGGAGAGAGAAGGCGUUGUUGGGUCGGCCUUCUUUCAGAGACAUCUACUCGGCGCUCAAUGCAGUCUCUGGGCAUUAUAUUAGUUUUGGCCCCACGGCUCCGAUUCCGGCAAAGCGCAAAGCCAGGAUCUUAGAAGAGAUGGACACAGCAGAGAAGAACUUACUGAGGGGAAGAUAAUUAAGAAGCUGCUGCUACUCAGACCUUCAUGGUGCGAAUUGUUUUGCAUUCCCCUCGUUUUACUUUUUGUUUCAACUUUUACUUUGUGGAGUUUGAAAAUACAAAUGAAAAGUGAACGUACAUUUUGAUUUUUGAGUAGUGAGAGAUGAGAAAUUAAUGGAACUUCGGUACAAAAAUUCAAUGGUCACAGCUGGUCACAGAUGAGAAAUUAAUGUAGUUUUCUUUGGACUCCAGGAGUCAAUUUGGAAUUUAAUUAAUUCUGCUUCUGCCUCAA